UAUAGUAACUAUCUGUAGUCCUCUACAAAUAUUGUAGUUAUAUUUAUAUGUAAAGAUAAUUACUGAUUAUUACCAACUGGAAUUUAUUAAAGUACAAGACAUUCGCACAUGGUUUCGUCACAAACGUCCUUGGGAAUGAUAUGACACAUUAAGGGCAAAUUUAUUAUUUUAUAUUUAAUUCAAUUUAAAAUCUAUCGUCCGUGACCUAAUAUAGAAAAUAACAUAGUUUUUUUUAAAUUAUUUGUACCUAUUAACAAACGACAUUCUUUAAAACGUUCAACGGUUUUAUAUUAAAUUCAUUUUCUUUUCAGUACACAUGGUGUAGGUGUAAGUUAGUUAAAAUUUAUAUUAUUGGGUUCAUUUACAUGAUAUACAAAGUUUGUAGGUAUACAUACACAAGUUUAACAAUUUGACUAUUUCAUCUUCAAGGCCGCUGCAUUUCACGGCAUAGAUGAAAAAUAUGGGAGUCAUCGCAAAUUUUUUAACUUAUAGCAAUAUCUAAAUGAAGUGUACUAUCCGACGGUGGUAAUUAAGCGUAACAAAAAAAAAAAUCAAAAAACCCGAAGGACAAUUAAAACAAUAUAAUGUUGACUAUCCACGUUCGUGUCUCAUAAAUAUUGCCAACCGUCAUAAUCCGACUUCCGCCGGCGACAACAAAAAAAAAAUGUGUGUCAAAAAUCCUCAGUACGAAUUUGACACAACCGGAAACUUGUCACUUGAUGGACAGAUUGCCCGUCAGAGCCGAAAAGGAAGCACACGUCAAGUAAGAUUGCCGCAUACAUAUAAGACCCUGCGGUCAUCGGGAUCGAGGCAAUAACAACAACGAUGUCGUCCAACACCGUCCGUCGAAUCGCGACCACGUGGAUUUUUCUGAUGGCCAUUAACAACAACGUGCAAGGUUUGAAGUGCCGCACUACGGACCACUCGAGGCGACACGGCGAGUUCAUCGACAUAGCCGAACAGUGUAAUAAUUCGACGAGAGGCGAGCAACGGCCGUCGUCGGACAGGACGGAUGGCUAUUCGUCGUCCAUGCCGCCGGUGCAGCAGUAUAAUGCCGGCCAGAGGACGGACCGCGGUGACGGCAACAGGAGGGACACGACCGAUCGAAGGGGAUCGGACAGAAGGAACAACAACCGCGAGUACAGUGUACGCCGCCAGGAGUACAGCAACAGAGAUCAGGAUCCGGCGUCCACGCCGUGUGGCGACGGCGGCUACGGCGUGCCGCUACCGCAACAUAGGCCUGGCUACAAUAACGGUGGAGGUCAAAACUAUUACCACCAAGGAAGUCCGUUUCAAACGAGCCCCGACUACGACAUGAGUCAGACAAACCCUAGGUCCCCUACCAUGCCUAUUUUGAACAGAUAUCGAAGGCACGUGAUCCCACGGGCUGCGGGCUCCAAACUCUUGGGCAACAAUCGGUUUAGAAACGCUACGAAAAGCGGUACAAGUCAAACUAAAGGAUCUAUUCUGGACAAAAUGGACGCCUGCACAAUACAUUGCGUGUUCAAUCAAUUAGAAAUGUUGAAUUCCAACGCCCGUCCAGACAAGUCGUCUAUUGUGAGCAUAAUGACUAGUCAAAUUAAGGACGUGGAACUUAAGGAAUUCGUACAAGACUCAAUAGACGAAUGCUUCGAUACGUUAGAACUCGAUUCUCAUAGCAAUAAAUGUGAAUUUUCCAAAAACUUUGCAAUGUGCAUGGAAAACAAAGCACAGAGAAACUGUGAAGAUUGGGAUGAAAAUGUACCCGUGAACCGAGGUGUCAAUUUUCAGGAAGGGAUCGGUCAGCAAGACAAAAGAAGAGUAUAUUAAUCGAAUUUAAUACUUAAUAAUUUAUUGACUUAUUAAAUUAUUGUGGGCACAUACCUACUAAUUUAUAUAUUUAUUUUUUUCAAGUAGCGAAUUAAUAAAUUAUCAAAGUGAAUGUUUCAAAUUUUAUCAUCUUUUACAGUAAAUUUACAUCAUUUAUACAGAUAUA